AUGGAGUCUCGUCAGCUGUUCCUGCUCCCGUUGCCAUCAACGCAAGCCCGCUUUUGGACACUUCGGUUCAUCCACUUAGCUCCAGUUCCGAUCUUCUCCUUCGAACCCCAUGUCAAAGCACCCCAUGAUGCCAUUCGGCGUCUGUUUGAUCAUCUUCAGGCCAAUCCUGAGAAUGCGUCAUCUCUCAAUGCUGCGUAUCCCAAGCGGGGCAUCUUCAACACAGCUGCGAUGAACAAUACCACUUCUGAUCAGAAAUUCACUAUCGAUCUGUCGCCCGCUCGUAAUGGACGUAUUCCAGAUGCCUUGCGCGAGAAAUUGGCCGCUGAUGGAUUCAACGAGGUCCUGGACUUCUUCGAAGAGGUCAACAGCACCUAUAUCGCUCAAAAUCAUUCCACAAGACUGGCAAUCUCAACUACCGUCUAUGCGACUACAACACGGAUACUGCCGACCCGACAAGUGACAAUGGCUGCGGUGCCCAUACAGACUACGGCACCCUCACUGUUUAUUAUCUUCCAAGACGGAACAUCAGGGCUUGAGAUUGAAGACGCCGAGCAGCCUGGUCUUUGGGUUCCCGUUCCCGGCGAUGCAACGGUUGUCCUUGCCGGUUGGUGCGCUGUAAUUCACAGUGGGGGCAACAUCCGAGCAACCCGUCAUCGAGUCAGAAGAACUCCUGGUGUUCGAAGACUCAGCGCUGUUCUCUUUGUUGCCCCAGAUGUCGAGGCCACUCUACGACCUCUCGAAAGUGUCGCGGUUGCCCGUCCCUUCACAAAGAAGGUCAUGGAUGGGCAAUUGGAUGCUGGGGAGUUCAAAGAGGUCAUGGGCAAGAAGUGGAGACAUUGUGAGGGCAAUGAGAAGUCUGAUGACGGGGAUGACACGGAAACACAGGACAUCCCCGAAUGGUUCCUGGUUCUAGUCGACGUCGAACCGGCUUCUCCUCACCACCAUCCUCACGUGUCAAACAUCUGCCUCGGCAUUGACAUAUUCAACUUCCUCAAUCGGUAUAAACAAAUUCCCUCAAAUCUGACAGAUCAAUUGCUCUCGUUCUAG